AUGCUAGCGCCAUUCACUCUCGCUGUUGCAUUGCCUUUGCUACCAGUAGCAAAUGCCCUGGUUAGGGAAAGUGGUGUUGUAUGUUUUCUUCUGUUAUGGACUAAUCACAAAGAUAUUGACUCAAAUAAGGGUAGAUUGCCUGUUCUAGGAUGGAAUUCCUGGAAUGCAUUCGGAUGUGAUAUCAAUUCUACCAAGGUUCUGACCGCUGCCAAUGAGGUUGUUAAUCUUGGACUGAAGGAUCUGGGUUAUGAAUACAUCAACAUCGAUGACUGCUGGAGCAUCCAGAACACCCGCGAUAAUAGCACAAAUCGCAUCAUUCCAGAUCCAUCCAAGUUCCCCGAUGGUAUCUCUGGUGUUGCAGAGCAAGUCCAUGAUUUGGGACUGAAAAUCGGGAUUUACAGCAGUGCUGGUGAUGAGACUUGUGCUCAUUAUCCCGCUAGUCUGGGAUACGAGACAGUCGAUGCGCAGUCUUUUGCUGACUGGGGUAUUGACUACCUCAAAUAUGACAACUGCGGUGUCCCCAGUAAUUGGACGGAUUCAUACCAUUACUGUGUUCCUGAGGGCUCUGGAAGCCACCCUAAUGGCACCUGUCCUGAUCUUAGCGAUCCCGCCCAGAAGGAUAUGACUGGAAAACAUCGAACACAUAUGCCCGGUAUACUGCAAUGCGCUGACGUCAAUACCUGGGGUAAUGAAACCGGAAACUCAUGGCGCAUGUCUGACGAUAUCAACGCAAAUUGGGCUCGUAUUGCAGAAAUUGCCAAUGAGAACAGCUUCCUGAUGAAAUACGUCGAUUUCUGGGGUCAUCCCGACCCGGACAUGUUGGAGGUUGGUAAUGGAGCUCUUACUAUCGAGGAAAAUAGGGCACACUUUGCCCUUUGGGCCAUCAUGAAGUCCCCUUUGAUCAUUGGCACGGCGCUUGAUUCUAUCAGCGAUGACCACGUGGCCAUUCUGAAGAACAAGUAUCUUAUUGACUUCAACCAAGACCCUGUUAUUGGCAGUCCUGCCCAUCCUUAUAAGUGGGGUUACAAUCCCGACUGGACUUUCGACGCCGUCCAUCCAGCAGAGUAUUGGUCUGGUACAUCCUCCACUUUACAGGGCACUUUUGUGCUAAUGCUGAAUUCCGAGAAUGUGACUUCUACUCGCACUGCGACAUGGAGCGAGGUUCCCCAGCUCAAGAGCCAUGAUUAUCAUGUCAUUGAUGCUUGGACUGGCAAGGAUCUGGGCUGCGUGAAGACUGAGUAUAGCACCUCCUUGGAGAGUCAUGAUGUGGCUGUGCUGGUGGUCAAGAGACGAUGCUAG